AUGGGGAAAAAAUCAGUUUAUAAAAGUAAUGAUGAUGAUAUCGAAAGUCAAUCGUUAUUAGAAUCAUAUGAUGAUAAAAAAGAAAGAAAACAACAGAGUGUUUCAGAUCAAGAAUAUGGUAUGAAAAAUGCAAAUAGAGAGUUUAUACUACCAAAGAAAAAGACAAUUAACGAGGAAGAGGAGGAAGAAGAAGAGGAUAUUAAGGAGACAGUGUUUUUUAAUUAUCAAUUAGAUAAAACCAAAAGAAAAUCAAUUAGAACUUUUAUUCAAAUCAUUUCACUUGUAGUAUUACUUGGUUAUAUUAUAUCGAUCAAUGCAUUGUAUUUUAGUACUCCUGCUAGAAGUAUAAUAUUUUAUCCAACAAAUACUACAAGUAAUUCAAAUUCAGGUAGUGCCGGUACAUUAACAAGCUCAGAAAUGGAAAGUCAAAUUGCAAAUAGCUUCAACAUGUCCUAUUUUUAUUAUUAUUCUUCUUUUGAUAUUUUGUUACUAUCAUAUUUCUUGUCAUUGUUUUGGUUAUUAUUAAUAUUUUCAGAUAAUUAUAUAUAUCACGUUGUUUCCUAUAUAAUUUCAAUAAUAGCAUUGGCAUAUACUAGUACAAAAGCGUAUUUCACGGUAACCAAUAUUACAAAAUUAGAACAAUCAAUUAGAAAUGCUACUAGCACUACUACAUUCGAUAUUCCAACCAACAGUCCAAUUUUCGAAAGUUCAAUAGCUAGAGAGAUCACCAUCGUAUUGGUUUUGGUGGGUAUCCCAUUGAUUGUGAUAUUUUUAUUACUCCACAUUAUAACCAUUCAAUUAAGCUAUAGAAGUAGUCGUAGAAGAGCCCAAAGAGAAAAAGAGUUUUUUGAUCAAGAGAAUGAGAAAAAGAGAUUGAAUAAAAAAGUUACUGUUAAACACUCGAAUCUCAAAAGACUUAUACAGUUAUCAAGACCAGAGCUUCCUAUAAUAUUGUCAGCUAUGGUUGCUUUGGUAAUUAGCUCGCUUACAUCCCUUGCUAUGCCAUAUAUGUUUGGUCAAAUCGUCGAGGUAAUUGCAACUACUCAUGACUUUAAUGCUUUAAAUAGAGCUACCCUAUCAAUUGUUAUUAUUUUUAUCAUUGGUUCAGUGGCUACUCUUAUCCGUUCAUGGUUAUUCUAUCUAGCUGGCCAAAAGUUUGUUGCACGUAUCAGAAGAAAUUUAUUUGCUGCUAUUGUCACCCAAGAGGUUGCAUUCUUUGAUCAAAAUAGAACUGGUGAAUUAGUAUCUAGAUUAUCAAGCGAUUCACAAGUCAUUCAAAACAGUGUUACUGUUAAUGUAUCAAUGCUAUUCCGUUAUACAAUUCAAAUCAUUGGUGGAAUCAUUUUAUUGUUUAUUACAAAUUGGAAAUUAACCUUAUUAAUGUUAUCAAUUGUACCAGUUUUAGCUAUUGCAACAGUAUUUUAUGGUAAAAAAAUCAAACAAUUAGGUAAACAAUUCCAAGACGAAUUGGCUAAAUCAUCUACUACAGGUGAAGAAGUAUUAUCAAAUAUUAGAGUUGUACGUUCUUUUAGUAAAGAGCAAAAGUUUAUUGACCUAUAUUCAAAAGAUAUUAAUGGUAGCUAUUUAGUUGGUAAAUCUUUAGCCGUUGCUACUGGUGUAUUUAGUGGAAUUGUAUUUUUGGUAGCCCAAUUAGCUAUUGCAUUAAUAGUUUGGUAUGGUGCUGUACAGGUACUUAAAGGUUCACUAAGCACUGGUAGUCUUACAAGUUUCCUUUUAUAUACUUUAAGUUUAGCAAUGGCUUUGGCCUUCGUUAGUAGUUUAAUGACCGAUUUCUUAAGAGCAAUUGGUUCAUCUGAUAGAAUCUUUGAAUUGUUCGAUAGAGUACCAGCCAUUCCAACAUCAGGUGGUAAAGUACUAGAUAACGCUGUUGGUGAACUCGAGCUUAAAGAUGUCGAGUUCUCUUAUCCAUCACGUCCAAAUGAAAGAAUAUUAAAAGGUAUCAAUUUGAAAUUAAAAACUGGUAGAGUCACAAGUCUUGUAGGUCCAAGUGGUCAAGGUAAAUCAACAAUCUUAUCAAUGGUAGAAAGAUUCUAUGACCCAGAUAAUGGCACAAUUACAUUGGAUGGUGUUGAUAUUAAAGAGUUGGAUCCAGUUUGGUAUAGAGGUAUUAUAGGUUAUGUUAGUCAAGAGCCAGUAUUGUUUGCAUGCUCCAUUAAAGAGAAUAUUAUGUUUGGAAACCCAAAUGCAACAAUGGAACAGGUUAUCGAUGCAGCAAAGAAAGCUAAUGCACAUUCGUUCAUUGAAGAGUUUGAACAUGGUUAUGAUACCUUGCUUAAUGAAAGAGGUAUAUCAUUGUCUGGUGGUCAAAAACAACGUAUUGCAAUUGCAAGAGCAUUAAUUCUAGAUCCAAAGGUAUUGUUAUUAGAUGAAAGUACUAGUGCUUUGGAUGCAGUUUCAGAAAAAUUAGUUCAAGAGGCUAUCGAUAGGUUAAUGUUUAAUAGAACAGUAGUAGUAAUCGCUCAUCGUUUAUCAACAGUUAUUAAUUCAGAUGUCAUUGUUGUUAUAGAUAAAGGUGAAAUUAAAGAAUCUGGUACACAUCAAGAGCUAUUAUCAAAUCCAGAUGGUAUUUAUCACAAUUUAGUUAAAAGACAAUUAUCUACAAAUUAA